AUGCUUAUUAAAGUCAGAACCCUCACAGGGAAAGAAAUCGAGUUAGAUAUUGAACCGCAUUAUAAGGUCUCCCAAAUCAAAGAAAAAGUCGAAGAAAAAGAGGGUAUUCCACCAGUCCAACAGCGACUAAUCUUCGGAGGGAAACAAAUGGCCGAUGACAAAACAGCAGAAGAAUACGAACUCCUAGGCGGCGCGACACUGCAUUUGGUUCUUGCGCUGAGAGGUGGGAACUAG